GGGUGGGCAGGCCCCUCUGACACUUUGUAACGUCGGAGGGGGAUAUUUAACUUGGGACCGAGCACCCACUCGCUUCCAGACACGCUCACCCACGCACCGUGUGCGCUUCCACUAACUCUUCUUUCUCACUCUCGCUCUCUUUUUGCUCUUUUUUUCUCUCUCGCUCUCUCUCUUCCUCUCUCUCUCUCUCUCUCUGUCUCUCUCUCUCUCUCUCUCUCUCUCUCUCUCUCUCUCGCUCCCCUGCUGCAUACUCACGCACUCGCUCCUCCAGCAAGGAGCCACUCAAGUUGGGGAGCUUCUUGUGGCAGCCACCGGAGCAGAAGGAGAAGCAGGAUUUUUUUUGUCUGCAGACCUUCCAGCACAUUUUGGGGACUCUCUCGCCAUGCGUGAGAAGGAGCUUCUCUGCGUGGGCACAACGCAUUGAAAGGGAACUCGCAACUCUUUUUUUUUUUUCUUUCUUUUCUUCUUAUUACAUGGAAUAAUAAGAGCCUGAGAAAAUAAGCUAUUUGGAGCAUUCUCUGGGGAGCUAAAUGGCCUUUUGACGUGAGACACUUUCUGGAAUACUACAACUUGUCUUCUUUCAAAAGAAAUAAUAAGCAAGUGCGUGGAGCGUGUCCUCCCCUCGAGUGUUCGAGGGCACGUUUGUGCGUAAAGAGGCAGCCCCCGCCGCCCCCGCCCCCAUUGCCGGGCACCUUUUUCGGAAGCAGCCCGUCUGUUUCCGUGCAGCGCUGUCAUCCAGUGUGACUGUUUCACCGUGGCUUCGGGUCGUCCCAGUGGUAACCAUGACAACCGAGAGGAGCCCAAAGUGAAUCCAAGAGGGGGAAGCUGCGGCGUCAUCUUCUCGAUUGAACACUUUUGUGGGGGGUUAUUUUUAAAGAAGGCUGACGCACCCCUGGCCACCGGCAGGCUGCGAAGUGGUCUAUUUAAAGUGUCGCCCGUGAGUGAACUUGUCAAAUAUAUGAAGCGUCAGGCUUGCUCCUCUUGAGUAGAAGUGUCAUUUACUGUGCGUAAAAGUCCCGAGAGGAACCAUGGGCAGCUCUCACCCCCCAGUGCUCCUCUACAUGCUGCUGUGCGUCCACGUCGGAGUGGGCCAGCACUUCCUCCGCCUCCGUCCAUCCCCCAGCGACCACCUGCCCGUGCCCGACCUCAAGGAGGACCCCGACCCGGAUUACGACCCCCGGGAGCAGGACUUGUCCGAGAGGACUCUGAGGAAAAAGCUGGGCAGCCACUUUGACCCCAACUUCAUGUCCAUCGGCCCGCCGGUGCUCAGCAACCACUCGGCGCCAGACUUCAAGCUGCAGGGGCCCAUGCCCAACGAGAUCAAGAAGCUGGAACUGACCGAGACCCCCUACGGCAAGCGCGUCAAGGUGGGCAAGAAGGCGCGCAGGAAAUUCCUCCAGUGGCUGUGGACCUACACGCACUGUCCCGUGGUGUACACCUGGAAGGAUUUGGGGGUGAGGUUCUGGCCGCGCUACAUUAAGGAGAGCAACUGCUUCUCGGAGCGCUCCUGUUCAUUCCCGGAGGGGAUGUCUUGCAAACCCGUCAAGUCCAUCAACAAGAUUUUCCUGCGGUGGUACUGCCAAGGCUUUUUAAGACAAAAAUACUGUACGUGGAUACAGGUGCAGUACCCCAUCAUCUCAGAGUGCAAGUGUUCGUGCUGAUCCCCGACGCGCUGCUGGGGGCUGUGUGGAGUGGACUGGUUUCUAUUGCACUGUUAACUCUCUACAGAGGUGGGCACCAUAGCAAAUCUAUUUUUUUAUAUAGCAUUUUAAAGUGAAAUACCAACAUUGUACAUAUUUAAGAGGAAUGCAGCUAUUUUUUCUAAUUGAACCAGGACCAUAUUUUAUUGUCAACCCUGAGACGCUUUGGGUGGAAGGGGGCGGGGACAGCAGCACUUCAUAUGGAAGAGCUUUUUUUUUUUUUUUUUUCCCCCCCCCCCUAAGAGACAUUGAUGAUGCAUAUGCUACACUUCUCCAAGAGGUGAACUCUUUUUUUUUUCCAACUGACUGUUAUUUCACUGCAAUGCUGCCUAGAGUUUUUUUGUAUAAUAUUAUCAAUAUUAAGUUGUAAAAAAAAAAAAAAAACCAAACAAAAAAAUCACAGAAGUUGAGGUUAAAGAUUAUAUAUAAAGGCGUGAACUCAGCUUUUUUUUUCUUUUGGGAAUACAUAGUAUUGUAGAAAUAAACAAAUCUGUACGUUUUAUUUAUUUUAACGAUUGUGAGUAUAGAACAUAAGGACAGAGAAUAGAGUAUACCAGAAAAAAAAAUAUGGGAGAUGUCUACUUGAAUUAUCAAAAAAAAAAAAAAAAAAGACACAAAAAAUAAACAACUGAAAACAGCAUCCAAGUGUACAUGUUCUGGUCACAUUUCUAGCAAUAAAGUCUAUGUUUUCAUCAUG